AACCCAAGUGAAAAGAACAAGAGGCUCAUCUAUAUCCACACACACAACAGACACAGUCGGUCAGUCAAGAAGUCAAUUCGUAAACCCCAUCUCCCUGAGUUCACGUUCAUACCCAAAAACCAAAUGGCCACCGCAGUUGAAUUGCUCCCCAGAGAGUACGGCUAUGUAGUCCUUGUUCUUGUUCUCUACACCUUUCUCAAUUUCUGGAUGGCUGGCAAAGUAGGCAAGGCCAGAAAGAAGUACAAGGUGCCUUAUCCAACCCUUUACGCUUCAGAAUCUGACAACAAAGAUGCAAAAGUUUUCAAUUGUGUUCAGAGAGGCCACCAGAACUCUCUGGAAUUGAUGCCUUUGUUCCUUGUGCUUCUGUUAUUGGGAGGUCUUAAACAUCCUUGCAUCUCAGCUGGCCUUGGUCUGUUUUAUACUGUCACCCGCUAUUUCUAUUUCAAAGGCUACUCCACCGGCGACCCCGAGAACCGCCUUGCCGUCGGGAAGUACGGGUUCUUGGCUCUGUUGGGGCAUAUUGUGUGCACAAUUUCCUUUGGGGUCACUCUUCUUCUCCGAGGAUAAAACAGAAGUAACCAAAACCCUCAUGGCCGUUUGGGGCUUGCCAGUGCCAUCUCAUAUGCUGCUGCUACUUUUUUGAUCCCAUAGUUUCUUUUUUAUUUUGUAGUGUUUGGCAUUUGAAUAAGAAAGUGCAAGAAAUAGGAAGGAGGGUGUUUCCGUUUGUAGGUUUUCAUGUCUUUAUGUUUUUGUGUGAAUGAAUUGCAUAAUUACUAUCUCAUUUUAUUUUCUUGUGCGCA